AUGCUGUGCAGGUUCUUGCUGCUCUCCCUGCUGCUGGGGGCUGUCCUCACACGGCCCUUACAAGAGAGUGACAGCUACUCAGUCCCUGAGGACUUCUCUGCUCCCCUGGAGCUUCCACAGGAACACUUUGGCCUGGUGGAUGAUUACGGCAUCAAACCCAAGCAGCCUCACGUCAGGACCCCAGGGGGCUGGCAGCGGCCGGCAGGGCUGCGCAGAGCUGGCAAAAGCAAGCGCGACGAGCUCGAGUUGCUCCAGUACUACGAUGAGGCCCACUUGUGA